CGGAGAAGAGAGGAGGAGGCGAGAGGGAAAACCAGAAGACAGCUUCAAAACCCACGACCAUGGGGUCUUGGUAUGUACAGUGAUAUGACUAAAGGCCAUCUUUUAUCGUCUUCAUUCUUCAAAGGACAAGUAUCGGUCUCUUUUUCCGGAUGUAUAUAACAACAUGACAGGCGUUUGAAACGAAUUCUCCCGUUUUCCUUAUAUCUCAAUUCGUUCGCGGCAGAUUCGUCAGUGGGGCUCGACAGCGCUGCUUGUCUCUCAUUUGAACCGUUCGGUCUAAUGAGAGUCGUAUAGCUUCAUUAUUAACACUCCAACUGUGGUGGUGGGUGGUGAAUGGCAAAUAAUGCGUCUAAUCCCGUUUUUCCUUGACAAUUGUUUUGUACAAUGUGAGUUUGGUCGACUCAGCUGUGUCUUUACGUGUUGAGAGGAGGGAGGAUCUUCCCCAUCAUUGUUGAAUCACGCUUCGGUCUUAACGCUUCGGUCUUCCAUCAUUUGGAAACCAUUUGGAUGUGAGACUAAAUAAAGCCAGAAACCUGGACCUUUUGAUUGACUACCUGUGGAGACAGUGCAGACCUUUGUGUAAUUUGUAUAAGAACAUUUUUAUCUCCAUAUUUUAGAGACCCCGGAGUGUGCAUAUCAAAAGCGUUGCUGAGGGACCAUUGAAGAAGAUAGAGGGAGACGAGGGGAUUACGAGAUAAAGCCAGGGGUGGGGAAAAUGCUGCCUUCGCAAGAAGCCUCCAAGAUUUACCAUGACAACUACAUGCGGAACUCGCGGGCCAUUGGGGUUCUGUGGGCUAUUUUCACCAUAUGUUUGGCCAUUAUUAACGUGGUGGUGUUCAUUCAGCCCUACUGGAUUGGGGACAGCGUGAACACCCCACACGCCGGCUACUUCGGCUUGUUCCACUACUGCGUGGGCACUGGGAACUCCAACCGGGAGCUCACCUGCCAAGGGACCUUCGCCGAAUUCAGCAGCAUCCCUUCGAGCGCGUUUAAAGCGGCCACCUUCUUCGUGUUGCUGUCCAUGGUGCUGAUCUUGGGAUGCAUCGCCUGCUUCAUCCUCUUCUUCUUCUGCAACACCGCCACUGUCUACAAGACCUGCGCUUGGAUGCAGCUGCUAUGUGCCGUGUGUUUGAUCCUGGGCUGUAUGAUCUUUCCGGACGGCUGGGACUCUGAGGUGGUGCGCGACAUGUGUGGCGAGGAGACGGGGAAGUACACACUGGGGAACUGCUCGGUGCGCUGGGCCUACAUGCUGGCCAUCGUUGGCAUCAUGGACGCCCUCAUCCUCUCCUUCUUGGCCUUCGUGCUGGGCAACCGGCAGAACGACUUCCAGCUGGAGGAGCAGCUUAAAGCAGAACAGAAAGAUUUUGCAGUGUCCAGGAUUGAAAUCCGGGAGGCCAAGGAUCCACGAUACGGAGUCCAACGGUUCCGCUGAGCAUCCCCCUCCCCAACUGUUUCAGACCCUCCUCCUCCUCUCCAUCUCCUCCACUCAUUCGCCCCCAAAGACCCCAGCUCUUCAGGUCCAACCACUGGUCUCGGAGUGGAGGCUCCAUCCAGCUGUUUGUAAAAUAGAACUGAAAUGGAAGAUAUUCAAAAAGAGAAACUAUUCGUCUGUUUGAAGAGAAAUACGAUAAAAAGGAAUAAUAUGAUCAGCUUUAUAAAACUCUGGGAAAAUAAUUAAUGAUAUACAGUAUUAAUUAAUUAUCACAUAAUAUUACUAUAACCAAGGUAAUUAAGUUAAUGAUAAUGAUAAUGCUUGCGGCAGGCAUAUUCUAUGAAAAUCUACAUAUUUGUAUUCAGAAUGGAAAAUGAGUAAUUUCCAGCUUUAAAAAUAACCAUUAAGAAGUGCAUUUGUACAAGUGGGUGCUACUUCUGAGAUAUCUAAUAAAAUAAGAAAAAAAGGGAAAAAAAACACAAACAAGAAUUUUGUACAGCUACAGGAAUUUUGAAGAUCAUCUUUUUUCUGACUGAUUUUCAACUUCCCCCUCUUUGUACAUGAUGUCUGGUCCCAGGAAAUACAAAAGAAAAGGAAGACGUGUAAAUAAGGUGUUUCUAUGGAAACAGGGUAAAAAGACUUCUAGCAUUUAUUACCCCAUAAUUAUCAUCACUCAAAACCCUUUGGAAUAGCAACCCCUUUCUGAUCAUCAUCUUGGAAAAGGAAGUGUGGAUUAUCUGCACCAUUUCUUCUCUUCUCCCCGUGUAAUUUGAUCUACCAACAUCCCUGAACCAGAAAAGCCAACAGGAGCAACGACAGUGGUAAUGAUGGACCUAAUUAAUUGUCAGGCAUUGAAAAGAAAAGACUUCACUGCUCUCAACUCUUUCAAUCUACAGAAUUUCAAUCACAAUCCUGCAUGCUGCAUCUAACUCACACUCUUAGAAAAAAGGGUUCUUAUAGAAACAAAAAGGGUUCUAUCGCUUGCUUCAUAUAUGGAACCUCUAAAAGUUCUAUAUGGAACCCUUUUAUAGGGUUCUUUGAUCAGAACCCCAAGGGUUCUUCUUCACUGAACCAAAAUUGGUUCCAUAUAGAACCCUGGAUGGUGCCAUUUAUGAAUUAUGGCUAAUACUAAUAAAUGGUAAUAUUUGUAGCUAAGAAUAUAAUUUAAUAAACAAUUAUAUAAUGGAGAAAAGAAUACCAGCAUAGUUUUGAGAUUUUAUUGUCAUUAUAUACAAACAUAGUUUGGAAAUAUGCACUGGUGGCCAAGGAGGCAUAUGUUUGUUUGAAUGAUGGCCCAUGUCAUCAAAUAAGCAUUAGUUAAUCUGACAAAAUGAAAACAAAAUGCUGUGCAGACAUAUAAUUAUUAUGAUGUAGAAGAACAACUUACAUAGAGUUGUUGUCAGCAGCAGCCGAAACAGAGAUCCGCUACCUCUGAUAGUUGGGUUACUGCCAGACUGAGUAAAAUAUAGAUAGUGUGUUAAAAGUAAUGUAAUGAUUAACUAGGCUAUUGAAUCACCAAGACUUAUAAAUAAUUAUAAAUAAUUUAGAUGCAUACCUCCUCUCAGUCAGCCCACUGCCCAUCACGUGCAUUCAACAGAGGUCAGCAAGAGUCUUCUAAUGGCUUCAUGAAACAGUCCCCUCAUCUGACUCCACAGUGAAAUACUGAAAUAAAAGUAACAGUUAGCUAAUAGCCCAUGUCAGGCUGGGUCUGUAGCUCUAUUUGGCAUUUUCAAUAAUACAAAAUAAAGUUUUUUGUAAGAGUUACUAAUAACUGAGCUAGCUAGCUUGUAAAGUAGCUAAUUAAAGUAUCCUAGCUUUUUCCUGUCUAGCUAGCUAGCUAGCUUACAAAUGGUGCUAAAAUUCUAAUACAACUUUAUCUAUCUAGCAUAGCUAUAGUUUAUCAUAUUACUUUUGUGUCAUAUAUUUGAAUUCAAUAAUCAACUUUGCUUACCUUAAUAAAUG